AGAUCUGCCCUGCAGUUAUAAACCUGGUAACAGAGACAAAGGCACAACUUUGCCGUGACACAAUCUAAAUACGAGGUGUUUUGCAUAAGUGCAAAGUUAUACAAUAACAGAGACUGAAACCUGAGACACCGCUUCGCACGCGAGGACUGGUGCAAGCUUAUAAGAGCGGCUCAUUGUAAAGCUAAAGGCUUCUCUCCUCUAUCCUGGUGCACAAUUAGAGACUGCAGGCAACGAGAAAUGGCACAGAAGACAGCACUGAUUGUUUAUGCCCACCAGAGUCCCGCCUCAUUCAAUGCUGCUGCACGGGAUGUAGCGGUUCAGGCUCUGACAAAGCAAAGCUAUAAAGUCCUAGUGUCGGAUCUAUAUGCAAUGAACUUCAAAGCCUCAGCAACUGCAGAGGAUAUUAACGGUGAUCUGAAGAAUCCUGAGCACUUUAUAUACAACAAUGAGAUGAUGGUUGCAUGGCAAGAUGGUCGUUUAAGUGAUGACAUUGCAGAAGAACAGCAUAAAUUGGAGCAGGCAGAGCUGGUUAUCUUUCAGUUCCCCCUCUACUGGUUUAGUAUACCUGCCAUCAUGAAGGGCUGGAUAGACAGAGUCUUAACUCAAGGAUUUGCCUUCACCCUGCAGAAGAUGUAUGACAAUGGCAUUUUCAAGGCUAAAAAGGCCAUACUUUCAUUCACCACUGGGGGAACAGAGUCCAUGUUUAAGCCCGAUGGCGUCCAUGGAGACAUCAAUGUUCCCCUCUGGCCUUUACAGAAUGGAGUGCUGCGUUUCUGCGGGUUUCAGGUCCUCGCCCCCCAAAUCUUCUGGUGUCCAGCACACACACCUCCAGAUGCCAGAAAUGCCAUGUUAGAGGCAUGGAGGGAAAGGCUGAAUGGUGUUUUUGCCGAAAAGCCUCUUUCAUUUGCUCCGACCGAAUACUUUGACCUUUCCUUCCAGGGAGGAUUUUGCCUUCGGCCAGAGGUGAAAGAGAAGUAUGCCUCUGAGUCCUAUGGCAUAACCACGGCACAACAUUUAGGCAAACCUCUUCCUCCAGACAACCAGACCAAAGCUACGCAAAGCUAAAAGAUCCAGGUGCACAAGAUAAUCAUUCAAGGAUUUAAUUCUAGGAA